GCCGCAGGAUUAACCGCAGUGAAGUCUGUGAACAGACUCAGACCUGGAACCUGCUCCACACCAAAGCCUCAGUUUAUUUCAUUUAUUUAUUUAUUUGUUUUAAUAUUUUUGUGUGAUUGUCGCCAGGUUUUACGCCUUUUACGCACACGGUUCCAGGACGCGUUGGUGUUGGUGACGCCUUAAUGGAGCCAUGGCAACUUUUACGCAGAGAAAGACAUGGAUCGUCGUGUUUGAGAACUUAUCACGUGACCGUGUUUCUUCGCGUGAACUGAUCGUCAUGGCUGUCCUUUUAUUCUUCUUCUGCUGCCUGUGGGAAUAACGGCUAAUCCCGCCGCCGAUUAGCGCACAGAUGGCUCCCGUGGCCACUUCUAUCAGUCGGCUGACCUCCAGACCCACUGACUAUUGAAUGAAAGACAUUUCCACGGUAAGUUAAGGAUAACAGUGUGACGUCACCUGUGGCUCCAGGAUGAGCAGAGCCGUUUUCAAAGACGCCGCCAAACUCUUCCCCUGGCUGGCCAACGUCACUCUGUACGGCUGCCUGUUCGCCGGCGGUGACCUGGUCCACCAGCUCAUGGCUCAGAAGGAGCGCGUGGACUGGAGACACACGCGCCACGUGGCCAUCGUGGCAAUCAGUUUCCAUGGCAACUUCAAUUACUUCUGGCUCCGCGCGCUGGAGCGCCGCUUCCCGGGAAAGUCUGCCGGGAUGGUACUCCGCAAACUCGUGCUGGACCAGAGCUUCGCAUCGCCUUUGGCCACGAGUGUCUUCUACACAGGUGUUAGCUUCUUGGAGGGCAAAGAGGACGUCUUUGAAGACUGGAGGGAAAAGUUCUUCAACACCUGGAAGACUGGACUCAUGUACUGGCCUUUCAUGCAGUUUCUGAACUUUGUCCUGAUGCCACCAUACAUGCGGACGGCCUUCAUGGGCUGCUGCGCCUUCCUCUGGGCCUCCUUCCUCUGCUUCUCUCGGCAGGACGGCGAUGGCACUGCCGCCGUGGCUCUGGCCUUUGUCAUGGAUCCCCGUAAAACGUUGGAGGAGAUGCGCGAGGCUCGCCUGGCCCGACAAAAGCCAAGGACCCAGAGAGAAAACUGAACAGAUGAAGAGGUCAGGUCAGAGGACAGUUGAUCUCAGGACAGAGGUCGUGUUUUUCACCCCGGACCUUUUUCCAGUGUUACAUGAAAGCAGGAGAUUUUCCGCAAACAAAUGUGCUGAAACUUUUUAUCGAAGAUGUAUGUGUACAUGUACGGGAGUGUACUGCUGCCACGUCAACAGAAUAAAAACACGUCAGUAUCACGUUAUGACAUGGCACGUUUAUUUUUAAAACAAUACACUGUGUUAUUCACUUCACCUGUCAUCACGACCCGGUCAUAACGUGAGGCCUGACUGGUGGACAUCACAGCACACAGGAGCUGCUGAUCCACUGAUUUGUGUGUCUGUGUAACACACACCUUUAUGCUCUGAUGAUGCUGCGUCUGGAUUAAGCCGGGAUUAGAUAAUCCCGGUUAAUCCCUCCGAAAAAUGAUGGAGGUGAUCCAGUGUGACCUCUGACCCCAAUAAACAGGAAAUUAAAUUCUCCAAUCGGAGCUGAGUGAUGAGACAGGUGACAUGUAACUGGCCCCUCCUUCUCUGGAUUGUCCGGAACAUCACUGCAGCCGUGUCUCAAUCCAGGGUCCGGAUCCUGUGAAGUGUGAGGGAGGAGACGACUCUGUCGGCUACACACUUCACAGGAUCCUCGGGAGACAGAAGUCCUGCACUGUUCAAGUUUCCCUUCUUCUUUUUCUCCUCCUAUUAAAUCCAUCAGGCUGUACACCAAGAGGCUAAACGCUGCCCUCUACAGUUCAAUGAAGUCUGACCAUCCCAUAAAUCUGGUGUGUUGACACAUAUCUGAUGUAAAAUAAACAUAUUUAAAAUAUAUUUUAUGUUUAAACACAGUUGUAGAAGUAAUGGUAGUAGAAUUUAAUGAUUUUGUGUUCUACCAGUUUAUUAGUUUUGUCCAAUCCAACUUUAUUUAUAAAGCACUUUUAAAACAACUGAAACAAAGGGCUGUAGACAUCAUAGAUAAAUACAUGAAAUAAAAUAUAAAAAAACAAGACCUAAUAGACCUAAUAAACAAAAAAAUAAAACAACAAAAUACUGUAGAAAGUAUUAAAAACAACACAAAUAAACAUUGUGAUUACGUUUUUGUAAAUAUUUCAUGUAAUACUGACAAACUAUUGUCCUUAAAUGUUACUAAC